AUGGAGGAGGAGAGUGCCCAACGCGCCGAUCAACAGGAGGGUCAUGAGAUCAGACCGACUACAAAAGAGGGCCCUAGAAAGGCAAUUUCAAAGACCAGAGGGAAGGAGUGUGCCGUCUGUAAAAAGAAACUGGCCCCCUCUUGGUUGAAAAAGCUAUGUCAAAGUUGUAUUGAGAAACUAGUGGAGGAGGAGUCCCCAUCCCUUCUACAGAGUAUUAGGGAGAUGGUGAAGACGGAGGUCUCGGAUUCCCUGAAAGAUUUCAAAAAGAGCUUUCCCCCUGUAGCCUCUACCUCCCUGGGAAUCAGAUCAAGCACGGCUAAUAGAUCUGACUCAGAUCCUUUAGAGGAUAGUGAUACAGGAGAAAUCCUAGAUAGCCCAGACUCGUCCCAGGAUGAAGAAUCCACGGGCAGGCCACUUUUUUCCCCCGAUGAUACGGAAGCUUUACUAAAAGCAGUUCGUGCGACUAUGAAAGUAGACGAACCCAAAGACCCAAGAUCCGUUCAGGAUAUCAUGUUUGGUGAUCUUGGGCAGAAAAAAUCUAGAGUAUUUCCCGUUAACGAGAAUAUAAAGUUUUUAAUACAGAAGGAAUGGAAAAGACCCGAUAAAAAAUUUUUGUGCCAAAAAAUGUAAAAAGGAAGUAUCCCUUUGACGAGGCAGACUCAGUAAACUGGGACAGACCUCCUCAAUUGGAUGCACCUGUGGCAAAAAUUUUAAAAAAAUCGGCCCUUCCGUUUGAGGACUUGGGUUCUCUUAAAGACCCUAUGGAUAAGCGAGCAGAGGUUUACCUAAAAAAAAGUUUGGGAGACCUCAGCUCAAGCGUUCAAACCAAAUAUUGCCGCCACAUCCACUGCUAGGUCUCUGAAAUUAUGGCUAGAAGAAUUAGAAUCUCACAUUCAGAACAAGACCCCGAGAGAUCAAUUGUUAGCCGUUUUCCCCACUCUACUUAAAGCAGUAGACUUUAUUUCUGACGCAUCAGCAGAUGCUUUAAAAUUAAAUGCUAGGUCAGCUGCUCUUUCAAAUUCAGCCAGACGAGCUAUUUGGCUAAAAGGUUGGUCGGGAGACACGGGAUCUAAAAAUAAGCUUUGUGCAAUUCCUUGUCAGGGCGAUUAUCUUUUUGGAUCCGUCUUAGACGACCUUUUGGAUAAAGCCUCGGACAAUAAAAAAGGAUUCCCUGUCUCCAGACCCCCGAAAAAACAGCGGUUUUUUCGCAAAAACAAGAAGGAUUUUUUUAGGGGGCAGAGGAAAGACUUCAGAGCUGACAACAAGAAUAGGAAAAGCAAGGGGUUCCUCUUUAGUUCCCAAUCCUCCUCAACCUCUAAACCAUCACAGCAAUGACGGUUUCUCUCCCGUGGGGGGCAGACUUUCUCUCUUCCUCUACGCCUGGGAAAAAAUCUCCUCAAGUCCCUGGAUUUUAGGCGUUAUAAAGGAAGGGUUUUGUCUAGAGUUUGUCUCCCACCCACCGGACAGAUUCAAAAUCACGAAUUUUCUAGGAAACCCGGGGAAAAAUCUAGCCUUACAACAAGAGAUUGCAUCCCUACUUCGGAAAAAUGUUCUAAUUCCGGUGCCGGAGGCAGAGAAGGGCGAGGGUUUUUACUCCUCCCUUUUUCUGGUCCCCAAACCGGAUGGAACAUUCAGAACUAUUAUAAAUCUAAAGGAUUUAAAUCAAUUCCUCUCUUACAAAAAAUUCAGAAUGGAGUCGAUCCAAUCAGUUGUAAAACAUCUAUUCAGGGGCUGCUUCAUGGCUACGAUAGACGUAAGAGAUGCGUACUACCACAUUCCCAUUCGGCUAGACUGUCAAAAAUUCCUCAGAGUCGCCGUUUCUAUAGGAGGUCACAUCCAGCACCUACAAUACACAGCCCUUCCCUUUGGGAUUUCUCAAGCUCCCAGACUUUUCACGAAAGUCAUGGCAGAAGUCAUGGCUCAUGUAAGGGAAAAAUACAUUUUACUAAUUCCUUACCUAGACGAUCUCCUGGUGGUAGCGGAGUCAAAAUCCAUUCUAGAAGCACACCUCAAAAAAGUAGUGCAGAUCCUGGAAGACCUCGGCUGGCAAAUAAACGGAGAAAAAUCCCAUUUAAUACCUUCCCAAGUUUGUGUCUUUUUAGGGAUGAUACUGGACUCAAAGAAACUACUCUGCAUUCUACCCCAGGACAAGAUUCAGAGAUUAAUACAACAGGUUCAGUCCCUGAUAUCGACAGAGAACCCUACUAUCAGACAAGCAAUGGCGGUCUUGGGCAGAAUGACCUCCACUAUACCAGCGGUCAGUUGGAGCCAUCUUCACUCCAGACCCCUACAGUGGCAAAUUCUGAAGGAAUGGCAGGGUUCCCUCCGCCCAUUAGAUACACCUUUCACACUCACCCCCCAAGUGAUCCAGUCCCUUCACUGGUGGCUGAAUCCCGUAAACCUGUCCCAGGGGCUCCCUUGGAUCCAACAAGAUUUUGUUACCCUUACCACCGACGCAAGUCCUUCCGGUUGGGGGGCCUGUUGCCAAGGGCACUUAAGACAAGGUGUUUGGGAAAGAGAGCAGAGUCUAGACUCCCAAAACAUGAGGGAACUGAGGGCGGUCUUUUUCGCCUUAAAAGAGUUUCUUCCUUUACUACAGGGAAAAUCUAUAAAGGUUUUUUCAGACAACGCCACAGUUGUCUCCUAUCUGAACAAACAAGGAGGAACCAGAUCAGAAAAUCUUAUGCAGUUAACAACGGAUAUCUUUUCCCUUAUAAUUCCUUCUGUUCCGUCCCUUAUGGCAAUACAUCUAAAAGGUACAGAAAACAAGGUGGCAGAUUUCUUAAGUCGAAAUACACUAGACCAGGGGGAAUGGUGUCUGAACCAAAUGGUGUUCGAUCAAAUAAUUCGACUUUGGGGUCGUCCUCAUCUGGACUUAUUUGCCACCAGAGAAAACAGAAAGUGUCAUCUUUUCUUUUCCCUCAGCACGAGAGAUUCACCAACAGGGAUAGAUGCCUUCUCCCUUCCCUGGCCGAACCAGCUCCUCUACGCCUUUCCUCCAUUAAGACUUCUUCCAAGAUUCUUACAGAAGCUGAGACAAGAAAGAACAACAGUGAUCUUAAUUGCUCCUUUCUGGCCCAGAAGAACCUGGUUCACCUGGUUGAGGAAGCUAUCCUUGACGGACCCUUGGAUUCUCCCGGAGAGGCAAGAUCUUCUAUCCCAAGGACCAGUCAAUCAUCCGAGUGUGAAGCAGUUACACCUAACAGCAUGGCUCUUGAGGGGGAAAUCCUAGAAAGUAGAGGACUCUCCAAGAACAUAGUUUCCACUUUACUAUCCUGCAGAAAGGUUGUCACCUCCUCUAUUUAUCUCAGGAUUUGGAACACCUUCCAGAAGUUUGCCAAGGAUCCAGUGAAUCCUUUAAAUCCUCCACCUAUGUGUAGGAUUUUAGAUUUUCUGCAAGCUGGACAUGAAAAAAAUUUGAGGCUAAGUACUCUUAAAGUACAGGUAUCCGCUUUGAGUGCAUUCUUUGAUUCUCCCAUCGCUAGCCACCCGUGGGUCCGAAGAUUCUUUAAAGCCAUCAGCAGGCUUAGGCCUAUAUCUGGACCUUCAAUUCCCCCCUGGGACCUCAACUUGGUCCUCACUAGCCUCACAGAACCUCCCUUUGAGCCACUUAAACAGUUACCUAUAAAGAUCUUGUCUUUCAAAACAGCGUUUCUUGUGGCAAUUACCUCAGCAAGGAGGGUUGGUGAGAUUUCAGCCUUCUCUACCUCGCCUCCUUACACUAACAUCUUAGAUGAUAGGGUUCUCAUUAAACCAGACCCUUCCUUCUUACCGAAAGUGGUUUCUAUGUUUCAUAGAACGCAGGACAUUAUCCUUCCUUCCCUGUGCCAAGA